GAUGUGCAAAUUCAGUCAGUAGCGGCGAGGACGUUCAAAGUGCUGUCUUGGUUUGCGUGUUUCUGUAACUCGUGAUAACUAGCUACAAUGCACCUCUAAACUCCGCUAGAUUUGUAUCCAGUGAUGACUGAUCGUGGCAUGAUUGUUAACAAGCUAGCUACCGUUAGCUAACCUUUGAUUUAGAUUAAAUGGAGAGCCGUUUGGUCUUCCUCCAAUUAAAAUCGAAUAGUACGUUUAUAUGCGCGAUAUUGCGCGGUUCAAUCUUUUAAACAUUGGCUACAUGUAGUAUAUUAGCUAGACAUACAAACUGCCAAACUGUAAAAUGUCGACUGGACACCAGAUCAUGGACUCAUCUCUUGCAUUGGGAAGACUGGAUAUUAAAAGUCCAGUACUAAGAUCGGACAGCGACUACAGCGAUGUAAAUGAGAAGAACGUCCAGGAUGAACCCCAAUCUCGUUUGAAUGGAUGCUUACCGCUCCCGCAUCAAGUAGCUGGACACAAAUGCGGAGUUGGUAAAGUAGGUAUUCUGCAGCAUCCAGAUGGAACUGUCCUGAAACAGCUCCAGCCUCCCCCUCGAGGCUGUAGGGAAAUGCAGUUUUACAGUAAGGUGUACGGCGAGCAGUCCACGGAGCGCUGCCUUCAGGAGCUGAAACGAUACCUGCCCACGUACUACGGCACCUGGCGGCCCCCCGACAGACCCAACGACCUGUACCUGAAGCUGGAGGACGUGACUCGCCGGUUCUGCAGGCCCUGCAUCAUGGACGUGAAGAUCGGCCAGCGGAGCUACGACCCCCUCGCCUCCCCGGAGAAGCGUGCGCAGCAGAUUAACAAGUACCCCCUGAUGGAGGAAAUCGGCUUCCUGGUCCUGGGCAUGAGGGUCUACCAAACGAGCUCAGAUACAUAUGAAACCUACGAUCAACAUUAUGGAAGAAGCCUUGUGAAAGAGUCACUUACAGACGGUUUGGCCAGAUUCUUUCACAACGGGGAGGGGCUGAGGAAGGACGCCGUGGCCGCCAGCGUCGGGAAAGUGCGGGACGUCCUUCGCUGGUUCGAAGGCCAGAGACGCUUCCAUUUCUACGCCAGUUCCCUGCUGUUCGUGUACGAGGGGGACGUGGCGGGAAGGACACGGGACGCUCCCGGAGCUGGAGGAGGGCGCGGAGGAGCGUCGGCGAGCGACAGCCACGUCCGCGCGCUCUCCGGUACGCGGGCGCCCGCCGCGAGGGACUGCGGCGGGGGCUGCGGGCCCGUGGUCUCCCACGGCAACCCCAGCGGCAGGGAGGACGUUGCCGUGCAGCAUCAGGGUCCCCGGGUCGCCCUGGAGGGGGGGGGCCCCAAAGGGCACGGCCCGCCUGCAGGCCAAGGUCAGGCGGAGGUCAGGAUGAUCGACUUCGCCCACGUUUUCCAAAGCGAAACCCGGGACGACAGCUACAUCUACGGGCUGAAGAAUUUACUUUCGCAGCUGCAGCAGAUCCUGGAUAAAUGAACUCACAGGGCCUCCCUUUGUCACCGUUUCCGUUUUUAACACACUUAUUGUUGAUCGGGGCCAAAUAUGACAUGGAAAUGGAGAAGUAGCAACCACCAUACAGUGUAACCUCUUAUCAGUGACCUUUUUGUAAUGUGAUAACUUUGUUGUAUCACAUUAUGUAUGUAUAUGAUGUGCUUAUUUUCUCAUUUUAGAGCUGCUAACCAUAUUUACUCAGGUGUAAAUUGUUUUAUAUUCUAAUCUUGUUUUUUGCAAAAGCAAGUAUGUCUGGAAGUGUUUUAUAGAAAAUUUAGUCGACACUUAUUUUGUGUCAAAAGACUUUGUGGUUCACCCGACUGGAGAGGUACCGAGCUCUGUGGUACAUACCGCCAUUGUGCACUGUCCAGUUCGGAAGUAAUCCCAAAAAUGAAAAACUACUGAUCUUUUUUUAAUAUAAUAAAUCUUAGUGGAGAUAUUUAAUUACAAAUGGGUAGGGUAAAUAUUUUUGGAAAAAAUCUAUUUUAAUUAUUUACUACCAAAAUAUUUCUGUGUAUAUUUAAAGGUUGCGAAUAUGUAUAUUUAAAAUUGGAUUUAGAUGUUUUUUCAUUAUUUACAUCUAUUUAUUAAUAUAGCUUUGCAUUAGUAAGUAUUGUAAUUAUAAUGAAAUACAGACAAAAGACAUUGUUUUCACCCAAUUCAUUUUGGAGAAAAUUGCUAAAUGAAUGCUUCCCAAAGGAGCUUUUUAAAUCCUGAUGAUCUAGGACAUGAGAUACUCAGUCUGUCCUAAACAAUUUUGCUCUUUUUCUGUGGCUGUGAGUUUGAAUGUCAUUGGAUGCCUCAGCAUUCUUGGGUGUUCUGAUUGGUCCAAAGUGAAGCCUGAGAAAGCCUGCUUUCUGGUUAUUGGCUGAGGUUCAUAUGAUUAUACUCACUGACCCUAACCAAUAGGUAAACAGGAAUUUCGGAAUCAGGAUGUUCCUGCAACUGUAACUCUAAAAUGUAGCCUUUGCUAUAACACCUGACUAGAAAAACAAUAAAUAUGUUUUACUCCA